UCGCAUAUGCCCGCUAUCGACUCCAAUUCUGUCCCUCUCCCUGCCUUAGUGGGUGGGCUUUGCGGAGGCAUCGCCAUCGCUCUUGUGUUCAUUGCGGGUUGGUGUUUAUAUGGUAGAAGGAGAACCAAAGUUGUUUCACGCGCCCCCGACAUCUCAGAGGUUGCAUCACCCACAAUCCUGAAAGCGAAAUCACAAGUACUGCUUCCAGCGAGACCAACGAGAGUUCAAUUUGCAGACCAACUCCUUCAUCCAGCCAGGCAUCUAAGGGCCGCUACAAGGUUGGUUGGGGUGCCUCGACUGCCAUCAACAGUCAGCUCGGUAUCUGUGUACUCGACGGAAAGCGGGGAAGCAUGGGCCCGGGUAUGA